AUGUCUGAAAGCGAUUUUCAACACUUUAAAAAAACGACCCACCCACUCACUAUUAAUUCUUUAAUUGCUCGUUCUCCUUAUGGCUUUGGAGAUUCAAACAAUUUGGAGCGGUCGAAUAUAUACGCAAAAAUACUUCAAGUGAAGCCAAUUUUACUGAAAUCCGUGAAAAGCAAAUACCACUCGCAAUUAGCUAUAGAUGUCCAUCGGACCUACGGGAACAUCUUUAAGUCACUUCCGAUGGAAGAAAAGAAGAGUCGCUUAUUACUUGUUCUUGACAAUUUAUUUUACCUUCACCCCGAGUUGAAAUAUUACCAAGGUUUUCACGACGUGGUUUCGAUACUUAUUCUUGCGAUACCUUCCGACGAAAUGGUGUUGGCGAUCACCGAGAAAUUGGCGCUUACCCGAUUUAAGGAGAUGCUGACGUCAGACAUAGUUAUAGUCAUGGAACAAGGGCUUAACGCGUUACAGCGAGUCAAAGAGAUCGACCAACAACUUGGUGACAUUUUAGAGGAAGUUGGAUGUGAUGCGAUGUUUACACUUCCGUGGUAUCUCACGUGGUUUAUACACUCGAUAUCGAGUGUCGAAGUUGGAGUGCGGCUUAUCGAUUUCUUUGUCUGUUCCGAGAAUGAAGACUUUGGUAAUUUCAUCAUCUCGGCAAUUAUCUCACAGCGGGAUAACGUGUUCAACUGCACGGAAGACUCAUCAGUCCACACAUUGUUCACGGAUGCUCCAAAGAGUUUUACUGUAGAUGAUGUGCAGACUAUUAUUAAUAUGACUAUUUUGCUGAGAAAUAAAGACACCACUUUAUCUCAAUUAUUGAAUGCACGAACACACAAAUCGAGUGCAAUUACUUUCGUCGAAGAAAAUAAAGCAACACUCAUUUUGGCUGCUAUUGUCGUUGUGAUGUGGUCGUUUACUUAUCUUUUUUCUCAAUAG